AGGAUCACUGAAUUUGAGUGAUGUUACAGCCUUUCGAUUAUGAUCCCAAUGAGAAAAGUAAACACAAGUUUAUGGUUCAGUCUAUGUUUGCUCCAUCUGACACUUCUGAUAUGGAAGCAGUAUGGAAGGAGGCGAAACCGGAAGACCUUAUGGAUUCAAAACUUAGAUGCGUGUUUGAAUUGCCAGCAGAAAAUGAUAAACCACAUGAUGUAGAAAUAAAUAAAAUUAUAUCCACAACUGCAUCAAAGACAGAAACACCAACGGUGUCUAAAUCUCUGAGUCCUUCCUUGGAUGACACUGAAGUUAAGAAGGUGAUGGAAGAAUGCAGGAGGCUGCAAGGCGAGGUCCAGAGGCUGCGGGAUGAGAACAAGCAGCUCAAGGAAGAAGAUGGACUUCGGAUGAGGAAGUCUGUGCAGAGCAACAAUCCCAUGUCAGCGGUAGCCACCACCGGGAAGGAGGAAGGCCUCAGCACCCGGCUACUCGCUCUGGUGGUUUUGUUCUUUAUCGUUGGUGUAAUUAUAGGGAAGAUCGCCUUGUAGAGGCAGCAUGCAAAGGAUGGUAAAUUGGAUUGAUGGAUCCACCAUAUCAUGGGAUUUAAAUUUAUCAUAACCAUGUGUAAAAAAAAAUUAACGUAUGAUGACAUCUCACAGGUCUUGCCUUUAAAUUACUCCUCUCCGCGCGCGUGCACACACACACAAAUAUAACAAUAUAACAAUCUUUUAGAAAGUAAAAAAUGUAUAGUAAAUGAUUGGGGGGGAAAUGAUCUUUAUUAAUGACAAGGGAAACCGUGAUUAAUACCACAGUGGCAUAUUGUAAAUGUCAUCUUAAGCAUUGGUAGGCCUUGGUACAUGUUGCUGGAUUACCUCUCUUAAAACAAGACUCUCUUCUUCACCUGUUGGUGCUGGCUCAUGGGGAGCUGGAGUCCAGCGUGGUGGGGAGUGCAGUCACCUCCACACAGUAACCCCCACGCUACACACUCCCUGCCCAGGCUGCUUUCCAUGUCUUCAGUUCUGUCCAGGCCAUCAGUACCUUGGGACUGAUGAAGAGAGCCAGAAGCUGAAAAGAAUCGCACUGUGGCAGUAUCAGAUGUGCUCCUCACGAAUGAGAGGCAUAUGUUGACUGAUUGACCCAACACUUUGGAAUUAUAAGUCAGUGCUUUGUUCUCUUAAAGGGACCAAGCUAAAUUACUAUUGGUUCAUGUAGUGAAAUUGAACUGUUAUUCAGAGAUGUUUAAUGCAUAUUUAACUUAUUUAAUGUAUUUCAUCUCAUGUUUUCUUAUUGUCACAAGACUACAUUAAUGCUGCAGCCUAAAAGUCAUCCGUGCUACCUAACGCUGGUGAGUGAAGCUGGUGUUGCUACUGGAGAGCUGUGGGCUUCUCUGUCUCUGGAGGUUCUGGGCAUGUGGAGGGAGGGUUUAUGUGAAUGUCGGAGAAUAGCUACCAGGAAGUGUUUUUGUGUGUUAAUAAAUAACAAUCAUCAUAGGGAGGGAAAUUCUUAGUAGUGUCAGUUGACUCUAGGUUACUCUUUCUAAUGGAGAAGAGUAGCUAGUCUUUUAGAUUGUUCUUUCGCUACCACUCGCGCUCCCAGCACAAAGGCCCACAUCUGGUCCUGGCCUCCCCAUGCGGCCCUAGCUUGGAGUCAGGAUGAGUGAUUCAGGCUACAGAGGGUUAGGAGAGGGGGCGCCAGCAGGCGGGAGUGGGGAGCUGACCCACUGAGUAAUAAUUGAGAGUUUGAUGUUAAUUAAUUCUGUUCCAUGAAAGACCAAUCCAGUUCUGUUUGACUGUGUAGCAUCUUAAAAAGAAAAUUAAAAUAAAGCCCCCAAAUGAGGA